GAAACAAGCAGUUGGUUUUUAUUGUAUCAGAGAGACCAGCGAAGCAACAAAGUAAAGAAAUUACAACAGAAGGGGAAAUGUCUGCUGCAAGAAAAGAGCUACAGCAGGUGUUGUGCCGCUAUGUCACAGAAACCUUCAGCUACAUCGACACUGUAAGAGAAUUCUGUGAGGACGUCUCUAAAUGGGGGCUCGGUAGGGAGACCGAAUUAAACAUGAUGAUAGAUAUCAAAGAGAGUGUUGACAGCAUCGACCUAAACUUCGACCAUGUGUCUAAGUCAGAGGAAAAAGGUAAGGCCUUGGGGGAAUAUUUGAAGAACAAGCUGACCCAAGUGACCGCAGACAGCAGGCGUGCAAAGCUGCAGGAGGAGCUGGCUGCUGUGCUCAAGGACACUUUGGUUGGCCUGGCGAAGCUCGAAUACUUCCUGGAUGCAGUGGAGAAGUUGGCGGUCACUUCGCUCCAUGUGUUUACGGAGAAACAGGCGCUAUCUUUGCCCAAAGGGAUCACCCUCGAUUGUGUUCAGGUUGUCAUCACUGCGGCACGGCGGAUCUGCCCUCUCCUCCUCGAGUUCAAAAGAGACGCACAAGUCUUCUUCCUGCCCAGACUUCAGAAUGUGGAAGUGCUCUUCUAUGAGUUGUACAAGUACAUAGAGACCACGCAGAAAAUCUGCGAGACUUUAGGAAAAAGGUGA